UUCCAGUGCACUGAGUGUGCCCAUUGGCCAGUCUUCUGCACCAUGUGUUGCUGGGCAGAACACAAGCACCAGCCAUUCCACAGGGUGGAACAAUGGAAUGGAACAUUCUUUGAGGAAUCAUCCCUGCAGCUGGCCAGUUUGGUACUGCAUGUUGGGCAUGGUGGGAAGCACUGCCCA